AGGAGACGUACCGUAAGCCGUAAGGUUUCAUGUAAGCAUUUAAUGCUCAUUAAAUGUUUACGACCGUCUUGCUCAUCAAACGCUUACAUUUGUACAAUUACAAAGACAGAUCAUUCAUAUGAACAAUAUCUUUCAAUAUGGAAAAAUUAUUCAACAAAUAUAAUAAUAUAAAUAAGUAUAAGUGGGAGGGGGUCCACGAAUUCGUUAAGCCAAGCUUUGUGUUAAAAGUGUCAAACUUGUGUUAUGAAUCAUGAAUGUGUGACGAAAAUUUUAUUUUUGUUUGUUUUUGGUGCGGGGAGGGGGGGGGGUUGGGGUGGUGUGAGUCACGAGUGUCAUCGAAAAUAGCCUCACAUCGGUUACUGAUACUGAUACUAUUGAAGAACUGACCUGAAGCUUAGUAUUUACAUCACCAUGGCUCCCGACCAAUGUCCGACCAUGUCAUUGUCCAUUGAGACAUUUCCGUUGCGUAAGCAACAUCAAACGAUAUUAAUAAUAUCAGUAAUGAAAGAAAGUAUUUUAAAAGGCUAUAUAAUAUAUACAAAAUAUACAUAGCAGUGUUUUCUCCUACAGCUUAUUGAUUGAUUAAGUCCUUUAAAAAAAAUUAUAUAACGUUUGUGUACAUGCUAUUUUAGCAAGCUCACAAUGCUCUGAUGUUCUAAAAUCUAUUUAAAGAGAGAAGUCUUUAAAUGGUUCUUAAACUUAAAUUAAAAUGACUUUUUAUCAUUUUCAAUGUCCCUCAAAUGCAAUAUCAUACAAAUAUUUUAUUUGAUUAAAAUUUUUAUUUUACCACAAUUACUUAAUAAAUUUGACUUUUGUUUAGUUUAUCACAAAUGAUAAAUAUAUCAGUAUAUAAUAUAAACAUGCCAACAAUUUUGUAGCUAAAAUGAAAUAAAAUGCAUUAAUACAUGAUAUAAUUUAUUAUAUCAUUUAUAGUAAAAACAUACAUUAAUGAUACAUUCUGUCCUCCUAUUUUUAGUUCCCGAAUUCUAAUGUGGGAUGACUUGCCAAGAUGGUAAGAAAGCAUUUACUGAAUAUAAAACCAGAGGUUAUUAAUACAGAUACCAGUGCAGAGUUCCUGAGAGUUUUCAGGUCACUGAGACCUGAAUUUAACAGCUGGGAUGAAUUUUCAACUCUUCUGGAAGAGUUUCAAAAGGUUACAGGAGCAGGUACAAAUAACAAAAAAAUUCCAAAUAAUCAUAUUAUAUAAUGAUAAUAUAUAUAUAUAAAAUAUUGAGUUUUCCAAAUAUGAGCUAUAUAAAUAAAAUUACCACCAUAUACUUCUGCAUUGAUCUAGACCAGGGGUCACCAAACUACAGCCAGUGGGCCGGAUCCGGCCCACGAUGUCAUUUCAUCUGGCCCGUCGACAGUACUUGAAUUUGCUUGAUAAAUCAUUUUGAACAUGAGUGGUAUAAUUUAAAUUUAAAUAUUAUGUAAUACAUGGAGCUCUUCACACAUGCAGAGACCUUCUGGCUGCUAACGUCGCCUUUUUUGAUAACCUUUUUUUUAGCAAAUAAAUAUGUUGGUUGUCUUUGUUUUUUGUGCAUUGCAUGCUGCUCACCCAUGAUUAUUACGGAAUACUGAACUUAGCUUUUUUAUUUUUUUCCAGAGCUUUCGUUCUGGCUUGCAAAUAUUGUACAGAAUGAUUAUGCGGUCCCUCUUCAUUAUCCUCAUCAUUUUGUCAGUUAUCUGGCCCACUGUGAAAAGUUUGGUGACCCCUGAUCUAGACCAAUAUUUGUACACAUACAUUUGAUUAUCCAUAUUCUAUAUAUAUGGUAGGGAAAUACUUUAAAUGUAUUGUGCUUAAUUGUUAUAGUUGUAAAAUGUUGUCUUGGUUAAAAAUAUGUAUUUAUUUAUGUACUCAAAAUGAAUAUAUACUAUGUAAUCAAAAAACAUUUCCAUUUUUUAAAAAUGUACCUUAUAUAAGUGAUAUACAUACCAGUAGGUUCAGACAACAAUAUAGGGUCCUACAGGAAUCUAGUCAUUUAAAAGGCUAUUUCUCUGGUAUUUUUUAACAGAUUUUAUCCAAUGGGACAGAAUUUAAAUUCAACGCCAUUAUUUAUCUGAAUGAUUUUUAUAGGGCCCUCUAUCUAAGGCCUAGCUAAAAUGGCACCUUGAGGCAUGGGCUCCCAUCAGGACCCCUCUUUUAACUUAAAUGAAAAAUAGUUAUAAUUAUUGCAUUUUGUUGUAGAUUUUCUCGUAUUCCAAAAACAUUUACAUAGAAAAUGUCAGAUAUCCAGGCAGGUCCCUGUUAGAUUUUAAAAAAUUUUGAACAUAUCUUGUUCCGCUAUUAAUUCUGAACUAUACUUUUAAAAAAUCUUUUUAAAUGCUGUAAAUAUAUCACAUAAAAAAAUAAAAGUUUUAAUGCUUAGAGAGAAUUUUUCCUUUUAAAUUUUUUAAUUAAGAUGGCAACUGAUACACAACUUUUGGAAAUGUAUCUACUUCUAAUUUAACAGAUUUCAUAAAUUUUAAACUCUGUAGCUUUCAAGCCAAAAUGUGGUACCUCUGUAGUAAAUAUAAACAGAAGACGUGUGUAUAACAAGAUUCCAGAGUGUUUCAAAUAUCAAACGGUCAACAUGGUUUGUCAACAUUAUGGCGUGCCAACCACCACUACCCCACGCAGGAACAGGUAGGUAAUUAUAUUUAUAAUUUCCAAUUUUUUUUUUACAUGUGGAAAGUCCAUACCUUUCAAUUUUUGUUUCCACAUAACACCUUUUUUUUAAACACCAUAUAAUUGUAUGAGCAGUUCAUGUGUUGUUUAAAUAUAAGAGGGCUUUUGAAAAUAAAUAAAAUAAUAAUGCUUGAUUGAUCUAUUUAAUCUCAGGAAGUUACCAAGUAUGCAAAUAAAUACACACGGGCCGUGGUGGAUCUCUGGAAAAAUCACAUGGGGGACAACAAAUAAACUGCACUUUGUUUGGGGUGGGGGGGUCGACAAAAUAACCAGGCAACCACCAAUUAUAAAAAGUAAGAUACUGUUUUCAUAUUUACAAAUCUGUUUCUUCCAGAGGAGGCACAUGUCUAGAAUUAACCCCUAUCACCCUUCUAAUCCACUUUUGCUAAAAAAUGCUAUUUAGUUGCAAGAUAGAUAUCCAUUAUGUGAGAAAUUCAGACUAAUGAGAAUGCAAAAGGACUAAUGACAUUUUUUUAAAAUUAACAAAAUGUUGAUUCAUAUUUUGUGGUCUAUAGCAAGUUUUCAAACUUAAUGAUUUCACUAGUAAAAAUAAUGUCUUUUCUUUUACAUAGUCUGCUAGCACCCUCUUACACCCUAUCUUAUUCAAAGGUUACAGUAUACAAUUGUAAAAUAUAAGACAUUCAUUCCAUCAUUGAAAUUUUAUUUGUUCUUGAUGAUUGUUUAAUAUUUUAUUUUACUUUAGCUAUAUGGGACUUAAUUGUAAAGCCCACAUCAAGUUAAGUUACAGCAAGGGGAGACUACACGUAACGUCCGUUAUCUUCACUCAUUCAAACCAUCCCCUCAUUCCAAGUGGGAAUAACCCAAAGAGGUAACCAAUGGUAUUUUUGUGUGUUAAGUUCAUGGCCCUGACUGGUUGUGGUUACAUUUGCUUUGAGAGAAUGCUGGUGAUACUUAAACUCAUAAAUCAUGAUUUCUACUAAAAUAUACAUUUUAUGUAUUUAAAUUUGAUAAAUUCAUUACACCUAUAAUAAAUAUGUUAAAUUGUUGUUUACACAGCAAUGUUAUGGCAGAAUUAUUUAAAACAAUCGGAAAUAAGAAACAUAGGUUAAGAGAAAACAAUGAGUUGUUUUGUUUCAUCUUCCUUCAAGUUUUCCCAAACCCUACAGAAAAUAUUAUCUCCUGUAAAUUCUCUUCUUCUUCUUUGGCACUUUUGACAUGAGUGAGAGUGAUGCAUAGGUCAUUCGUAACUCUCUUUUUGUUCAUCUCUGAUCUGAGCUAUUCUUUCCAGUUCACUCCACUUCUUACCAUUUCACUCCACUUCUUACCAUUUCUCUCCAUCUCCUCUGUUGGGCUUCUAAUGUGUGUGUCUCUAAAAGUUGUAAAUAAUCAUAUAUUCAGAGGUUUUAAAAAUUUUUGAUACAUGAUAAUAACCAGUCUAUUUCUUUUAUUGUUGUGAUAUUGUUAUGACAUGUGAUAUUCAGACAUAUUUUAUUGUUGUGAGAUUAUUGUGUUCCUUGGUACUCAGACAGCUGAGGACAGUGACAUUUAAUGACUACCUGGAUUUGCUCAUGGUUCGGGAAGUCCUGGCCAGCAAUGUGUAUCUGUACAAAAAUGGGGACAAGCACUGGAAAGCAACAGUCAUUAGAAUACAAGAUUUGGAUCCAGGAUUCUUGCACGUGACACAGAGAAUGGUCAAGCGCAGGACACAGUUUUUGAUUGACAAUUAUUUGGAAAAUUCUAUUGACAGGUGAAAUGACUUAUGACUUAACUCAACAAUAAAGUUUUAAAGAAACAAAACAGUUAACAGUUUUGAGAAAAAUGCAAAAUUUGAUUUGACGUGGAGUUUUCAACAACAGACAAUAACUAAUUGUUUAAGUUACUGCUAUACACAGUGGGAGCCUAAAAAUUAUAUUGAUAGGAGUGGCCAAGAAAAUUUAUUAUUUAAUUUAUACCAAGUCAAGAACUACACAUCUUAAAAUUAAAGUUGAUUAAUAGAUAGGAUUGUCUGUACCAUACUUUUGUAAAUCAUAUCUUUGUAUGUAAAAAUGCCCUAAUUUUUUAUACAUAGAUUUAUUCCUUUAUACCGGUAUCUAAAUCUUUUUACAUGCUGGUUGAGAACAUCUCUAUUAGACUACAGAUUUUAAAACUAAUCUAAAGCAAUUAAAAAUGAACAAAGAAAUAUUACUUAAUAAAUCUGAACACUGCAUAUGAAAUAUUAUUACUUUGGAAUUAAAUUAAGUCACUUUUAACUUUUUAAUAGUUUUUUUAAAUACCUUAAUAUUGGUUUAUAUAUGACAGAACAAUUUUUUUUUCUACAGCAAUUUUUUUUCUUUUUACAGUUCUCCUUCACCCAAUGAUGAAAUGGGCCAGAUUUUAAAAAAGCUCUCUGAACUGAGGGAACCCAAGCCAACAGCUAAACCUCGCCUCCCCAGGACUCCAACUACAUUACCAAAAGCUUUACCCAAAGAUCUGCUCAAGAAGAAGAAGAGUAAGCCCAAAAAGAAGCCCAAGAGAGGUAGAGGGAGGCCAAGGAAGAAAACUCUCUUUACUGAAGAUGAGUCACAGUACUUGGUGAAGUUGGGAUCUCCUGAAGUGGAGAGUAAUGAGGACAUAGAUUAUUUUUCUACCCUGAUGGAUGUCCCUGACAUUAACACAGACUACAAAACAACAGAAAUUAGUGGUGAGAUGGAUUCAUUGGAGCCAGCUAUUUCAUUUUCACGUAGGUAUACUGAUGGUCAAUUUUUAAUAAAGAAUUAUAAGAAGUUUAAAUCAUUAAAAAAAAAUCAUUUCUCUUGAAAGUAUUAACAAAAUGUGAGAGCUAAGCAUUCAAGCAUAAAAGUAACAUUUUAAUGUCCAAAUUAUAUGUAUAUUUUAUUAAAUACAUAUUACACAAAUAUUCAGCUCUCAAAAACGUAGUUUCAAGCACCAAAGAGUAGUUUUGGCCAAUUAGUGUUGGGAUGGAAUUAAAAUGCAACAAGAUGUGCCAGAAAAUCCACACCACAGAUUAUUUUAAAAUUGUUAGCAAUAAAGAUGCUUGAACAAUGAAAGUUAUUUUAAUACAAACAUAUAAACAAAGAAGUUAACAGAAUAUCAUUCUUUGUUUGGUUUCUUAAGGAUGGGGCGAGGUCUUCCGACACUGAGUGCACAGACUUGCUUGAUUCAUAAGCACAUUUGAGUUACUUAAGGUUAUGCUCAGUACUCUGUCAAUAGUAUUUAGUGGGCUGGGUUUCAGUACAAGAAGACAUUCCAGUGUCUCUGAGGAAAAGGACUGCCUCUCAGAAACAUUGGAAUCUUGAUGCUUGAUGUUUUUUUAUUGAGAGCAUUGCACAUCUCUAAAAUAUUCACACACAGUAAAUUGAAUAAUAUAAAAUGCUAAAUUGGUAUUUAAAUAAAUCACUAUCCAUGAUCAGUAUCCACAUAAAAUAAAAAUACAAACAAAUGCCCUUACUUUGGCGCUCAGUCAUAUCUGUCAAAUCACAGGCUUUUAAAUCUUGUAAGGUGGAACAGAGAUCAUCCUUGUCCACCACCAUCACAAUGAGAUUGCAAAAAAAAUAUACUUGAAUAAUUGUCAUUUACUCCUUGCUGACUCAGAAACGAACAAGGUACUCUCAUCCCCUCCAGUUAUUGUCUUCAGACCGGACAAAAAUCUAGGUUGACAGUCGCCUUCUGGCUGACCCCUCUUAUGUUGUGACUAAACCAAGAAGCCGUUGUAGGACUUGCUCCUAUGUUUUGGAAACUAUACACAUUGGCUCCCAUAAGGGGAUCUUUACAAUAAAAGAAGGCUUCACACGUAUUAGUUGAAAUGUGAUCUAUGUGAUUGUUUGCCAAAGAUUCCGCUUCUGCUAUAUAGGUGAGAUGGGAAGAAGGCUAUUUGAUAGGGUCAGUGAACAUCUUUGGGAUAUUGAACAAAACAAGCCAUCCCUGGUCUCAUCCCUUUUCAAUUGAGGUGACCACAAGGGCACAUCUGAUGUAAUAAUAAUAAUAAUAAUAAAGUUCAUUUCAAAAACACGCUUCAUCCCCAAAGGCUCGAAGCGCGGUACAAAGUCAACAAAAUACAAAUCUAUAAUUUACCACAUUUAAAACAAACGCAACACUACAAAAACUAAUUACAAGCAUACAAUGGCAAAGUCUUUCUAGCCAUUUCAACCAUAAGCAACACAGCCAUUAUGCAUUAACUGGAAAAUAUCAUUUAAAACAAACGCAACACUACAAAAACUAAUUACAAGCAUACAAUGGCAAAGUCUUUCUAGCCAUUUCAACCAUAAGCAACACAGCCAUUAUGCAUUAACUGGAAAAUAAGGUUGACAAUCAUCCCAGAGGGUGUUUGCGAAAUAGAUGUGUCUUUAAAUUGGUUUUAAAGGACUCCAGUGUCUGGUUGUUUCUGAGAUCGACAGGAAGGGCGUUCCAAAUUGUUGGACCAGCAAAUGCGAAAGUGCGCUUUCCGUAAGUCUCAAGGCAAACACGUGGUGUCGAGAGUUUGCCACUAUCGGAUGAGCGGAGCUCUCUACUGGGUACAUAAGGCGUCAGCAGCUCUUUCAGAUAGGACGGCGCCAGGUCAUGUAAGCAGCGGUAGCACAAAGUUGCGAUUUUGUACUCUAUGCGAGCACGCACCGGCAGCCAAUGCAACUCUCUCAGAAGUGUUUUUGCAUGGUCGAACUUGCGUUUGCGGAGAACAAUGCGAGCCGCAUUAUUCUGUGCUAUUUGAAUUUUAUCCAGGAGCGUAGCUGGAAGACCCACCAUGAGAGCAUUGCAAUAGUCCAUGCGUGAUAGCACAAAUGCAGAGAUCAGCCUCUUUGUUGCAUCAAUUGUUAGGAAGGGCCUGAUGUGACUAAUCCUGCGCAGCUCCAGAAAAAUCGCCUUGCAUAGCAUGUUAAUAUGAUUUUCAAAAGUUAGUCUUCUAUCUAGGUAGACACCCAGGUACCGCACUGUUUGAGCUAACUCAAUACGCCCACCUGAGAGAGUAAUGGAUGUCGUGUUAUUUGCAGAUUUUUGCUUCUGAGCGGUCGCAAUGGGGAGCAGCUCAGUCUUAUCAUCAUUUAAUUUGAGCUUGUUUAUGGUCAUCCAUAAUGUAUCCAUUAAGGCUCUAGUCUCUUGCACCAGCACUCCAGCGAGAGUGAAAACAAAUUUAUUCAGAUUUUCAGCACCAUAUCACCAAAUGGAAUUAAUUAAAAGCUCUCAAGUGAUCCUUUAUUUCCCUCCAUUUCUACUCUCAAUUUUUUUCUGUUUAAAAUUGUACAGUAAUAAUACUUAAAUUCUUGUACGGUGACAGUACGCAACCAUAGAAUAAUAUGGAUUGCAAAUUUUGGGUUUGAACAACUUAACAUCCAUUUCUAACACUGACAUAGAUCACUUUCUGUUCUGAACAUUUUAUUUAAUAAUUUCAAUUUAUCUGUUGUUUAUUACUGUAUUGUAUUCUCUGCUGAAGAAGGCAUCUAGCCAAAACGUCCACCUGUCUUCUUAAAUUUUCAAGCCCAAAACAUAUCUUGUUCCACUAUUUAUUUAUUCGAUUGCUGACAGUGCUACCACAAAAAAUACGGUAAUUUUUAUUAACUUCUGAAAAGGUUUUUUUAGGCUCGUCAUUAAUGCCUGAAUCUUAGGCUUAAAAUGUAGUUACUAAGGUGAAAACAUAGGGGUGAACAGGUCUUCAAGUAAGAGAACAUUUUUAUAUUUAACCAUAUUAUAACUAAGUGUAUGAUGUUGGGGGGUCGUUUGGCUCCUUCCUCAGAAAUGAUGUUGAAUUAGCUGUGGUUACCUGCCAUAAAAAUGGAAGAUGUUGAAUUCCUGGUGAAAGCAAGCUAUUUGUUCCAUCUCCUUUUAGUUUUUAAUUUUUUUUUUUUUUAACUAUGGUUUAAAAUUUUAAUUCAAACUGUUCAAGUCCAUCACACAGCAGCUUUAAAUUAAAUUGUAAAAAAAUUAAUAUAUAUUUAUAUAGUAAUCAAAUUCAUACAAUUUUAAAAUAAUUGUUGCAUACUCCACAGCGGCCUCCCAUGUCAAGGGUAACUCUACAGACAACCGUCCCACCCCAGACAACUGUGCGACCCCAGACAAUCAUCCUACCCCAGACAACAGCGUAGCCACUGAUCACUGUGUGCCUCCACCUGGCCUAACCAAUGUUGAUUUAUUCUGGGAAUACUGGCGACACAGAGAUGCUGAAGAGAGAAGACUCAGGCAAAAAGAAAUCAGAAUAAGGCAAGAGGAGAUACAACUGCGAAAACAGGAGCUAGCUCUCCAGAAGCAGAAGUUUGAAUUCGACCGUGAUGAAAGAGAGAGCUACAGACGACUUCUUUUCAAACAAUGGGGGAGUUACAAUAAGUCCUCAGAGAAACCUGGGGUCAACAGCCAGCUGGACAAUAAUGACCCAAACGAAUAUGCUGUGAUACUCAGUACUGGGGAUAUACUUUCAAUGCCGGUCUAGUCAAACUGGUAAACCUGGUAUCAGGCUGGAAAGUCUGAGGUCAAUGAAUAGCUGGACAGCCUGAGGUCAAUGGAUAGCUGGACAGCCUGAGGUCAAUUGAUAGCUGGACAGCCUAAGGUCAAUGGAUAGCUGGAGAGCCUGAGGUCAAUGGAUAGCUGGACAGUCUACAAUAUGAAGGACCAUUUUUCAAAAAUUUUAAUUCCAGCAAUACCAAAUUUAACGUUUAUAUUUACCACCGCUCCUGGGAUAAACUGGUUUCCAUUACCAUGGAAACUAACCAUUACCACCACCUGUGGGAUAAACUGAUUCAUCACCAUGGACACCAACCAUUACCACCACCUUUGGGGAUAAACUGAUUCAUCACCAUGGAAACUAACCAUUACCACCACCUGUGGGAUAAACUGAUUCAUCACCAUGGACACCA